AAUACACAGUUUAUUUAAUUCAGAAAUUAGAAUUUAUUUUCCUUAUUCUAACCUCCUCUUAUGGAGUUUUCUGUUGUGAAGUUUAUAGAAUAUUAACCUGUCUAACACUAAAGCUAAACAUGCCUGAAAUAGAAGCAAAAAGGAAGGCAGACGACUAUUCUGUCGUCCCGGCCAAGCGAACGCGCCAUGAAAUAUCUGUUGUCGGAACUCGAGAGAAAGCCGUGGUUACCUCAGCAGUGCCACGCACUUCCAAUCUAUAUGCCCCCAUCAUGUUGCUGGAGGGGCACCAAGGGGAAAUAUUUUCAGCUAAAUUCCACCCAGAGGGCAAACAUUUAGCAUCUGCGGGUUUUGAUAGACAAAUAUUUGUAUGGAAUGUGUAUGGACAAUGUGAAAAUGUGAUGGUGAUGUCGGGCCACACUGGGGCCAUAUUGGAACUGUGCUUCUCUCCUGACGGGUCACAUCUGUACACCUGUGCAACGGACAACACAGUGGCCGUGUGGGACGUGCCAACUGGUGUUAGAAUAAAAAAAUUAAAAGGACAUUCCAACUUCGUUAAUUCAGUAUCAGGUGCAAGAAGAGGUCCAGAACUACUAGUUUCAGCUUCAGAUGACAAUACUAUAAAACUAUGGGAUGCGAGGAAACGGAAUCCAGUAGCUUCCUUCGAUAGCUCAUACCCCGUCACUUCAGUGCUGUUCAACGAUACAGCAGAGAAGAUUAUAUCAGGGGGCAUUGAUAAUGUAAUCAAAGUGUGGGACAUUAGAAAUAACCAGAUAGCAUAUAAAAUUAAAGGACAUACAGACACAGUGACAGGACUGGCACUAUCGUAUGAUGGUUCAUACCUUCUGUCAAACUCUAUGGAUAACACGCUGCGGAUCUGGGAUGUGAGACCGUUCGCGCCGUCGGAGCGCUGCGUGAAGCUGAUGUCGGGUCACCAGCACAACUUUGAGAAGAACCUCCUACGGUGCGCGUGGUCCCCGGAUGGCUCCAAGGUGUCUGCAGGGUCCGCGGAUCGGUUCCUGUACGUGUGGGACACGACGUCGCGACGCGCCGUGUACAGGCUGCCCGGACACAACGGUUCACUCAACGACGUACACUUCCAUCCCACGGAGCCCAUCCUGCUCUCCGCCUCCAGCGACAAGCAGAUAUACCUCGGAGAAAUAGAACAUUAACACCCUGUAUUUAGUAAUUUAAUAUCCAUCCUACUCUCUGCCUUCAGUGACAAGCAGAUAUACCUCGGAAAAAUAGAACAUUAAUCCUAUAUUUAGUACCCAUGCUGUUUUCCGCCUCCAGCGAUAAGCAGAUAUACAUCGAAGAAAUAGAACACUUAACAUCCUGUAUAUAAUACCCAUCCUACUGUCCGCCUCCAGAGACAAGCAGAUAUACCUCGGAGAAAUACAAUAUUAACAGCCUGUAUCUAUACCAUGUGCGCUGUAGCAUGGUGCAGGUGACAGU